UUUAGCUUUACAAAGUUAGCUUCUGUUUAGUAUUUUAUAUAUACAUUUUUAAAGAAAAGCCGUCAUUUCCGAUGGCUUUGGAGAGCGUUUUAAUUGGAACGCAUAUGAACUGCUCGUCCUGGAUGUUCUUCAGUGCUCCCUGCACUGGGACUGUGGUUUUUGUGUAGGAAAACUCCCUGCUAACAGUGGGGGCUACAUGUUAGCAUCAACAGCAGCAGGAAGUGAACAAGAUGAGGCUGAAAGAUGGUUACCACAUGGCACAGCAGACAUCAGCAGGACGGCGCUACAUGCAAACCUUCAUUAGUGGAUUCUUUGUUGCUGUUCCCGUCACAGUGACUAUCCUAGAUAAAGUGGCGUAUGUGGCUCGAGUGGAAGGAGCAUCCAUGCAGCCAUUCCUUAACCCAGAUGUGGGAGCCCAGUCUGAUGUUGUCUUGCUGAAUCGUUGGAGUGUAAGAAACUACCAAGUUCAAAGAGGGGACAUUGUCUCUGUUGUUUCCCCUAGAAAUCCCAAGCAGAAGAUUAUCAAGCGCGUCAUUGGCCUGGAGGGAGACUUCAUCAGGACUCUCAGCUACAAGAACCGAUAUGUUCGGGUCCCUGACGGUCAUCUGUGGAUAGAGGGGGAUCAUUGUGGACACAGUCUGGACAGCAACUGCUUUGGACCGGUGUCCCUGGGGCUCCUGCAUGGCAGGGCCUCCCACAUCAUCUGGCCACCAAGUCGAUGGCAACGCAUUAAACCAUCUCUACCGCCAAAUAGAGAACCACUGGCUGCUGAAGAAGAUGAUGAAUAAAAAAAGAUCAAAUAGUUUUUGUACAAAUUCUUUUAAGCAAAUUUUGUACCAACAUCUAUUUCCUACGUAUGUAAUUGUUUGAAUUUGAAUAAUCAAGUGCUUUGAUUGGGUUUCUUGUACUUUGUUUUAUCACUACAAAGUAAAUCCAACUUCGAACUAUUUUCUCUGAGGUUUUCAGCUUUCAAAGCUUCAAACCCCACUACAGUGAUAAUCCCGAAUAUUGUUCUUUGAAACUGAAUUUUACACAUUGAUAUUCAAUAGAGCAGAUGACGUCAACAUGGGGGUCAGGAGUCACAACCCCUUGGUGGGUCUUAGAUGUGCUCUGGCCCACCAGUACCUCUGAUUGAGACAUUUUCUGUAGAUUUCUAAAAAUGUUAAAGUUAUUUUUUUAUAUUUUGCUGAUAUUCACACGGAAGAAAUCCCGAUGUCAAAUUCACACAGCUGAGUGUGAAUUUCCCACUGGGCUCCAUCUGGCCUCCUUCCCAUCCAGACAAAUGAAGCCGGGAUGAUGAGUGUUUUGUUUUGCGGGUUUCUAGAACAACCUCACUGCUGCUAUUUAUUACUUGAACUGUUCUGUGCAUUUAUAUAUAUCAAUUGAACUUAGGGAAGGUCCAGUCUGAGUGUGUGAAGUCCAUAAUUAGAGCAAAUUAUUAAAGUGCAGUAAAAACAAACCAAAUUUAGAUAAUAGGUUCUUUUCAUUAGAAGUAGAAAAUGACUGAUCAGUUUGUGCCUCUAUCUAAGCAGAUGUUCUCUUUCCUUGACAACAAACAUCAGAGAUUCAAGAAAACUGCUUCCAUUGUGAGAUUCAUGGCCUUGUUAAAAGAAAUAUAUUACAAUAACGAUAUGAAGCAUCUCUUCUAGAGCUUCUUUAAACCGUCACUGAAAACCUGUCUGAGAUGUCUUGGUAGAAUUUCUUUGAUAAUGUUAACUAAGUGUUGUAAUAGAGUACUUUAAGAAAUAAAAGGACUAAUAAAA